AUGACUACUACGGAGGAUUCUGUGCGGGAACGCAUUUCUGUUCUAAAUCCUUUACAUUUGGGCAUAACUGAUUUUUCCGAUGGAUGUGGUCUAAAACUUAACGUUCUAGUGGUGUCAGAUCAAUUUGAGGGGAAGACACUUCUUCAGCGUCACCGAAUGGUUAAUUCACUCUUAUCCGAAGAGAUGAAGAAGAUUCAUGCGCUUACCCUCACUACGUUGACUCCAAAGCAGUGGUCUGAGAAACAGUGA